AUGGCGACAACGAUUACAGAGAACAGCAAUCUUGUUGAUGCCAAAGAGGAUAGUGAAAUCGACGACAGGGCGAUGGAUGUCGAGGCUGCUGUUGAUGACCAGGAACGAUGUCGCGUUGGUGGUGUUGUUGACGGUGAACCUUCGUCUUUGCCUUCUUCUCAUACACUGUCUCUCAACCACGAAAAAGUAGUAGAAACCAAUAUUAUGUCUUUAUGUCCGGCGACAACGAUUACAAAGAACGGGAAUCUUGUUGUGGCCCAAGAUGGUGGAAACGUCAAUGACUUGUUGAUGGAUGUUGAGGAUGCUGUUGAUGAUCAAGAACGAUGUCGUGCUGGUGUUGAUGUUAGCGGUGUACCUUCGUCUUUGCCUUCUUCUCACACUCUGCCUCUCAAUCACGGAAAAGUAGAACUUAAUACUAUUUCUUCAUGUUCUGAUGUUGCACGUAGCACGAAGGGACUCUUGGCUGAAGGGAUAGAAAACCAAGAAACAAAAACGGAACGAUCUGAUUCCAUUAAUGGUGAUGGGGGUGAAGAACAAAACGGUAUUUAUGAACCUGAGCCGAAAGUGGGUCUUCGGAAGAAGAGAGGUUGGCCAAGAGGUAGGAAAAGAGGUCCGAAAAGGGACAACGAGAACAGUAAUACUGCUACUAAAUCUCAAGAGAAGAACAUUAAAUCACGUGGUCGUCCCAAGCAGGCUGUUACCACGGAAGACGUAAGGAAGAUGGCGAGUGGUGUUGUGAAGUCAAGUGAUGAUGAUAACAAGUCCCCAGAAGAAACAGAAGAAGUUAUGGUUGAUGCUCAAACUGUUCUUCCUACUCCUGAUGGAGAGGGGAACGCUACCAAUGAAGUAAUAAACAACAAAGAGGACAAAAUAGAUAGUGGGAGGCCCAAAAGAAGUAGCACGAAAAACAAAAUUAAUUAUGCAAUUUUCGAAUAUGAUUUUGAUGAUGAAGAGGAUGUAAGGAAGAAGAUACACCGGCGAUCUUUUCCAAAGAAAAAAAAGAGUGGUGAAGAGGAACAGGAUAAAGAUGAUGGUGAUGGAGGUAUAGAACAAAAUUGGGGUUCUGAUUCUGAAGCAGAGGGGAAGAAGGGUGUUCAGAAGAAAGGCAGGAAAAGAGGUCGGAAAGCGAAGAACGAGAACACUGGUAUUGCUACUAAAUCUCCAGAGAAGAAGAUUAACGAACGUAAGAAACUUUGUGUUUCUGCAAAAGAAGCAGGGGAGAUGACUAGUGGUGUUGUGAAGUCAAGUGAUGAUGAGAACAAGUCCCCAGGAGAAACAGAAGAAGGUAUGGUUGAUGCUGAAACUGCAAUUGCUACUUCUGAUAGAGAGGGAAACGUUACCAAUGAAGUAAUAAACAGUGAAGAUGUCAAAAAAGAGAGUGGAAGGCCCCAAAGAAGUACUAGGAAGGUUGAUAUUAAUGACAGAAGCCAGAAAGCUCAGGGCUCAAGUAAGGAGGGUUCAAGGCCAAAGUGUGCUGCAAGGCACAUGGUUCCAGAUGAAAAUGGAAAUCUAGUUCAUGUACCAUCAGUAAUGUGCCAUCAGUGUCAAAGGAAUGACAAGGGACGAGUUGUUCGGUGUCAAAAAUGCACCACAAAACGUUACUGUGUGCCUUGCAUGACAAGAUGGUAUCCUAAUAUGACAGAGGAGAUGUUUGCUGAGUGUUGCCCUGUUUGCUUAGACAAGUGCAACUGUAAAGGUUGUUUGCGUGAUGUGCAUCCUAAAGUGAAAGAGAAGAUUGAUUUCAAACCUGAUGAUGAUCACAAAAUGCGGUAUUCUGUUUAUAUCCUACAUGUGCUUCUUCCAUUCUUGAAGCGUCUCAAUGAGGAGCAUGUAAAGGAGAAAGCAAUUGAGUCUGAAAUUCGAGGAUGUUCAUUAUCUGAACUACAUUUGAAGAAGGCAAAGUGCAGUAAAAAUGAGCGCAUGUACUGUGACUGCUGUAAAACAUCAAUUUUUGACUUGCAUAGAAGCUGCCCUUCUUGUCAAUAUGACCUUUGCCUUCAAUGUUGCUGGGAAUUGCGAGAGGAUGGUGACUCUAAGGGAAACAAGGAGGAAGUUACCAUUGAAUUUAUAGAUCCAGGUUUUGAGUACUUACAUGGGGGGAAGGAGAAGAAGCAUGACGAGCCUAAGGGAAACAUGGAAACAAUGAACGUGGUUAGUUUUCUUGAGAAAGCUGCACCAAAGAAAAAGCAAAGUCAUGGCUGGAAGUCUCUGGAUGAUGGCAGAAUUCCUUGUCCUCCAAAAAGUAUGGGUGGUUGUGGUUGUGGUAUUCUAGAAUUGAUGCGCAUAAAGCAACCUGACACUGUUCCAGAGUUGUUGGAGAAAGCACAAGAGCUCUUAAAGACGCACAAACUGGAGGAAGAUAUGAGGGAUAUGCCUGAGAAAUGGUGCACAUGUUCUUCAGAUGAUGGUGAUCAGCAGUUACGAAAAGCUGCUUCUCGUGACAAUUCCAAUGACAAUUACUUGUAUUGCCCACAUGCUAUUGACAUAAAACCUGGAGAUUUGAAGCAUUUCCAGUGGCAUUGGUCAAAAGGGGAGCCUGUAAUUGUUAGCAAUGUUCUUGAAACUACACUCGGGUUGAGCUGGGAACCCAUGGUCAUGUGGCGUGCUUUUCGCCAGACGAAAAAUCUCAACCAUGAUCAGCUCUUGGAUGUGGCUGCUCUUAAUUGCUUGGACUGGUGUGAGGUUGAUGUAAAUGUUCGUAGCUUUUUUAAUUGUUAUUUGGAAGGUCUUCAUGAUGAAAAAGGGUGGCCUAAGAUGCUAAAGUUGAAAGACUGGCCUCCAUCAAGUUUAUUUGAAGAAAGGUUGCCACGUCAUGGUGUUGAGUUUAUCACUUGUUUACCCUUUAAAGAGUACACACAUCCACGUGAUGGAUACCUUAAUCUUGCAGUGAAGUUGCCUGAAAAAUCUUGUAAGCCAGACAUGGGUCCUAAAACAUAUAUAGCUUAUGGCAUUCAUCAAGAAUUGGGACGUGGGGACUCUGUAACUAAACUUCAUUGUGACAUGUCUGAUGCGGUGAAUGUGUUGACACAUACUGCAACUGUGACCCCCAAACCUGAACACCGGGGAAAGAUAAAAAAAUUGAAACAGCGUCACAAAGCUCAGGAUAAGAGGGAACUUUAUGGACGGGUAGGAAAGACACAAGCUGAUGAUGAUAACAUGAAAGAUGCUACUGCUGAGCAAGUUGUUGGCUUGAAAAACCAAAAUGGGCACUUAGGUAACAAACUUGAUGAAUCCAAAGUUGAAAGAAACUGGAGUGAUAUCAAUGUGGAAGAAACAAGUGACCGCGUUAACAGUAGUGGCAAGCGAAAAAGUGGGCAUGAAUCAGAUUCUUGUCUUGUGACAACUACUAGUGAUCAUUCAGAUGAAUAUGCAUUGAAGGAGGAAAGUUGUGAAGGAUCUGAGUCUAAAAUUGAUGAAAAAGAUGAGAGGAAUAGAAAGGAUUCCAUGGAAAAAGUUGAGGGUCAAAAUGGAAAUAGAAGAAGUAGAAGGACUGUCGAAAAACAAGUCAAAGCUUCUAAUAGUGAAGAAGAUAACAAUAAGAGUAAGAGAAAGAAUUCAAAGAAAAGAGUUGCGGUACAAAAUGAAAAUGAAGGAUCUAAAAGGAAGAGCAAGAAAAAAGUUGUCUCUUCUGAUAGUGAAGAAGAUAACAAUAAUGAGGAAACAGAAGCUGUUGAAGAAGGUGAUAACCAGGAUGAUAGUUGUGUGGAUGGAAUUGAUCUGGGAGAAGGAGGUGCGUUGUGGGACAUAUUUCGGAGGGAAGAUUCGCCUAAACUGGAGGAAUAUCUAAAAAAACAUUUCAAAGAGUUUAGACAUAUCUUUUGUCGACCACUGGAGCAGGUUAUCCACCCAAUUCAUGACCAAACAUUUUACUUGACCAUAGAGCAUAAAAGGAAGCUUAAAGAAGAGUUUGGAAUUGAAGCAUGGACUUUUGUCCAGAAGCUUGGGGAUGCUGUAUUUAUACCUGCUGGUUGUGCCCAUCAAGUUAGAAAUUUGAAGUCAUGUAUAAAAGUUGCACUGGACUUUGUUUCUCCUGAAAAUGUUGGUGAAUGCAUUCAAUUGACAGAGGAUUUCCGUGUUCUUCCCCAAAAUCAUAGGGCUAAAGAAGAUAAGUUGGAGGUGAAGAAAAUGGCACUUCAUGCAGUGGAGGCAGCUGUAAAGGAGUUAAAAGAUCUUGCUACCAAAGAGGAACCUGAACCUGAACCUGAACCUGAACCUAAACCUAAACCUAAAUCUGAACCUGAAUCUGAGGAAUAG